AUGGAAUGCUUGACUGCGAGUUUCACCGCGAGGAAUGCGGGUAGGGAGUAUAACUUCGUAUGCCCGAGUAGGCCCGCGUGCGAGAAGCAAUGGAUUCCAGGAAGGGUUCUCUGCUAUUUUACAGCUUGCCCAAACUCUAGCAGACGCUGCAAGUUUGCCACUGGGGUGUGUCCCAUCAGCCCAGUUGUUGGCAGGCAUUCACGCUGGAGUUCUUUCGCAGCAAGUUUGAAUUCAGAAAAUGGGCCUGCACCAUCGAGUUCGACAUCGUCUUCAUCAGGGCAGACUAGUGAGCAGCUGACCUCAGCUGAGUUGAAAUCUCUUUUGGCUGAUAAAGAACGAAGUAAGCUUUUGAGAAAGCUAAGUGAAGCAAACCAGCAGAACCGGUUUCUCAAGAGACAGUCGCAAAUAAAGGAUGAUGCAAUUGUAAAGUUCAGAAGUGAACUUGCUGUUUUGGAGCUUGAACUGCAGGCUUUGGUUGGCCUAGCUGAAGAGAUUGCUAAUUUUGAUGUUCCAUCAGGGUCAAGGAAGGUAAAUGGAAAAUAUAUUCAGUCUCAUCUUCUCUCCAGAUUAGAAGCUGUUCAUGAGAAGGUUAUGGUACAGAUAAAGGAUAUCGAGUCUUUGAGACCUCGAGAAAUCGCUGUCCAUUGGGUUGGCAUGGCUGAGAACGUGCAAAUUAUGGGAUCCUUCGAUGGCUGGUCACAUGGUGAGGCAAUGUCGAGGGAAUAUUCAGGGGAUUAUGCGAGAUUCUCUGCGACUCUGAGGCUUAGACUUGGGAGAAUUUUGAAAGCUCUACCUGACUCCGACGCACGUCAAGGAAGGGACAAAGCCUCCUCAUCAGUAACAGUUGUAUGGUUAAGGCAUGCAGAAGUAAGGCUAGUCUGA